GCGGGACCUUCCCUGCGCAUGCGCCAGGAGGAGAGCGGGGCGACGUUUAGGAGGGGAGGGGGGCGAGCCGCGGGGGCCGAGCGGAAGGGCGACACUCGGGCUCGUCGGGAAGCGGCCUUCGCGAACAAUCAUUCUUGGGAUAAUUACCUAUCUGUUCUAUGAUACCUUUGGCGAAUGGGAUGUCACUCCACAGAUCUUCUAUUAUGAGGAAAAGCUGAGCUCCUUCAGAUUAUUCGGGAUGAAAUACUGUGCAGCUUAUAUAUAAAUCCCGGGGCUUCAGUUUUUUCCUGUGACAUAUCUAUACUUCUUGUAUGGACAGACAUGGAAGCUGAAUCAACAAUACCAAUUUGGCAGAACAAACCCUAUGGUUCAUCUCGCAGUUUUGUGAGAAGAAUUGGAACAAGCCUUCCUUUAAAACCAUGUCCCAGAGCUUCCUUCCAGCCACUACCAGACAUUUCUGAUUUCUACUUCAAUGACACCCCGCCUGUUCCCACUCUGGCAGAUGUUGCCUGGAUUGCCUCUGAUGAUGAAGAAACAUAUGCCAGAGUCAGGACAGAUACACGUCCACUCAAGCACAGAUGGAAACCCACUCCGUUCUUUGUUAUUCAGCGGAAUGCUUCGGUCCCAAAUUUGAGGAAGCAAGAAGAAAAAUUGUUGGUUCUGAAGAAACCAUGUUUACCUGCCUUGAGUCGAACCACAGAACUCCAGGAAGAAUUGAGUCACCUGCGGAGUCAGAUCGCUAAAAUUGUUGCUGGAGAUUCAGCUUCCUCUUCCUUAACGCCAGAAUUAUUAUCUCCAGGAAGUUCCAACGUAUCUUCUCCCUUGCCUUGCUUUGGACCCUCAUUCCAGUCUACAACUUCUUUUGUCAUUAGUGACAUCACAGAAGAGGAGGCUGACUUAGAAAGUCCCGAACUUCCAUCGGUUUCCAUGCUUUGUUCUGCAACUUCUGAAUCUUGCAAAGCCGACCCGAAGGAUUCAGAUGACGAGGACACAGUGUCCCUCUCAAAGGCCAGUAGUUUUGCGGAUAUGAUGGGCAUUUUGAAAGACAUUCACAGAAUGAAACAGAACAAAGACUCGAACAGAAGUUUGCUGAAAGAAGAGGAUCCUGCGAUUCUUAUAGCAGAAGUUUUAAGAAGGAAAUUUGCUUUGAAAGAUGAAGAUGUAAAUAUGAAAAAGAACUAGUUACGUUCAUUUCUUAUGUUAGUAUGCUGCUUAAAUUUUUUCUCUACAGUGGCUGCCUUUCUUGAACAUUAAAUAUCCUUUAGGCUUCCUGUGUGCUUUUGUGCAAAAGGAGCACACUGAGAGAAACUGACAUUUUGCUGGUUUUUUUCCACACAGCCAAACGAUAUACAUUUUUUUUAAAGGUAAAACUUUUCCACAUUCUGAACUGAAGCAGUGAAUAUGGAUUCUUUUAAAGUUGGAAUUGCCAGUGGCUGACAGUGAAUAUUUUCAUUUAAAAAAAGAAAUUCAUUUUACAUUCUUGCUGCAGAACUGAAGCCUGUGAAUACUUACUGUUGAGUCCCAAGAUUUUGUUUUGUAAAGAUAGAUUUCUGAAAAGUUCUUAUUUUCUGCAGCCUCCCUCCACAACCAGCAUUCUUCAAACAACUGACAUAUAGUUAACUAAAGAUGGAAUUAGGCAUCUAAGCAUUGAAUUUAAAAUCUGGUUGUUGAUAAUAUACAUAAAGCUGUGUAGCACUACAGAUUUGAAAAUAGACUUGGAGUUCAUGUAUCAACACCUCCUUAAAUACAUGUAUGAAUUGAAGCACACCUGUAUGUGCACUCCAAAGUAUCUUUACCCCUUUGAAUUUAGGCUGCUACCCAGUCUUGUAAUUAAGCUCUGUAAAACUAAAAUUCGUUUGUUGAGACAGAACACAACAUCUGCCUGCCUCACUCUUUGCUUUAAGCUCAGGGGCCAGCAGGUUAAGUUAACACAAAUGGAAAAAUUUUCUAGUGUGGGAGGGCAACAAAAUAACCUGUGAAUUUGAUAAUCUACUUUAGCACUGGUGGGGAUGGUCAACACAAUCCAAGGGUGGUUUGAUCUUUUGUAUUGGCAUUAGAGAAUAAAACCCUAUUGUGAAGAUGGGCUUUGCAAAGUUUUGGUCCAGGCAGAGCAUUUUUUCCUCAUGGGGUUCUGGCACAGUUGCGUUAAUGAUGUUUGCAGUUUUAUCUUCAUGUGCAUCUACAAACAUCUCUUUCUAGUGAAGCAUCUGUGACCCAAGAACCCUCAAAGCGGCUCCUCAGUUACCUUCCUCCCCAAUAUUUUGCACAUCAGCUCCUUGGACUCUGGUGUAGCAUCAGGCCGUGGCAUUUUUAAAGCAGUUGGGAGGUGUUUUCUAGGGCUUGUUUGCAUGUUUAAAAAUAUUAUCACUAAUUAUCUUUCAGAACCUCCUUGCAAUUUGUAGAAGGGCAAAAGCGUGGAAAAGUUUUUACAGUAUAUUUUAAAAGCCUUUUUGAGCACUGGCUGGUCCUUUGUCAGCAGCAAUUGUAGCAUGAUAGUUUGUGAUGCUGCCACUGUUAUCUAGGGGAACCACAAUGGUUUAAAUCAUUAACUUCUACCCUCAGGGAAUUUAUAACACUCUCUUUCCCAUGGCACACUAAACAGGUUUCCACUUUUUACCCAUUCUUUUCUCUUUUCUCACUGUUAAUAUUCUAUUGAGUUAAAGAUACUGUAAAGCCAGAUGUAGACAACCUGGUAUUUUCCAGUCAUUUUGGGCUACAAUUCCCAAAAGCUCUUGCCAUUAGCCUGAGGUUCAGGCUGAUUGGCAUUCAAAUCUCUGGAGAACAUCAGGUUCUCAUUGUCGCAGAACAACUGUGAGUUCUGUUCAUACUCAUUGAUUGGAGUUCUUUGUUCAAUGUCCAAACUGGUGUUCUAGUCUUAAACAUCGCCUAGAGGAGCAGAAGAGAAAUAGGCCCAUGUUGGCAGGCUGGAUCUUGCUGAAGUUGCAUGGGGUCAGGUUCACUAGCUAUGCAACCUGGCAGGUCGUCUGUUUUUUUUUUU